AAAUAAAUAAAUAAAUAAAUCUUAAAGAAACUUCGGGCCCAGUUUAAGUUUUAACAUGCUAACUCCUAGGAAAGAUAAAUAUUCCCUUGUUUGCAGACACUUUAAUUUGCUUAGGGGUCCUAAUUUUAAAAGCUAUGUUCUAAAACUAAUUUAAAGUGACAAUGUCCUUUGAUAACUACUGUAGAAGAAAAUUCAUGGUUUUGAAUUUAAGCCACCUCCUUUCCCUCUUCAAUGUUUCAUCUACGUCUGGAACAGUUGACUGAGCUUGGCAGGCAUGGCCUCAUUCUCUGGGGCAGUUGGCUGGGAGAUUAUCACCAAGUACUUCUGUCUCUUUUUCCUCUUAACAGAGAACCUGCCCUCAGAGCAUGAGGCAUAAACACAGAGCUAGGUGAGUAGAGGUUGAUGUCUCUGAAGCCUUGAAACAGAAUAUGUCUUCCUUCCUUCGAGUAUGCUUCCUGUAGUUUAUCAUGGCAGUAGGAAAGCUGACUAACCGAUGAGGCAGUGCAGUUUUCCCCAUCUUAGGAUAUAAGAUAAAGAGUGCCGAAACAGCUGGGCUUCAGGAAGAAGACCCUAAAAUGUCUCGUCCUGAUGUUCAGUCUCCCAGUUCAGGUGACCAGACUGAUAUUAGGAAGCAAUGUGUUUUCAAUGCACAUGGACAUUUAGGGAUGAGCCAGGAACAUUUCCUUCUCAUCUCACCAACUGUUUAACCCUCUUUAAUUAUCACAGCCAUGGCCUUCCUAUUAGAGAACUAUGUGCUGGUUUAAAGCACACUAAGAUGCCUAUUUCGACCUAUAAAAUGUCACCCCAUGUGACUUAAAAGCUUUACAUGCAUUCUGUCCUUUAAACUUUUUACUGUUUACUCAAGUGGGGGCUGCUCUAAUGUUCAGGUUACAAAUGAGACACUGAGCCCUCAAGUUCCUUUCAUGACUUUUCAGCUCUAAAUUCAAAGAAAAAUCUUAGAUCCAUUUUAUUUCAUUUCCUUAUGUUUCUUUCUUUUCCCCUAAAUCAUGCUCUUGCCAUUUCUAUCUUUUGUGAUAUUCCUUCUGCACUGGCAUUUGUUAAAACAGUACACAGGUGGUGGUUGGUGGUGCAGUGGGAGUAGAGGUGGGGACGUGCUAUGUCAUUUACCACUGUCCUUUCUAUCAACUCCUUGUGACUUCUGUCUAGGUCUACUCUUUCAUCUGUCCCUGCACUUGGCUCUGGGCUCAGCUGUCAGCUUUGGCUGCAGAGCUACUGCUGAGCCUCUGCUUGCUUCAUAACCAUAGUCUCUCAUCCCCAAACUGUCCUUCAGUUGUGGAAUAAUGCUGUCUUCCUCUUUCAUGCACUCUGUCCCCACUUAUGAUCUGGCUUUCAGGACUAGGACCUCACUUUUCAUUCGUUUUCUCCCCCACAAACUCUCCACUUCGGCCUCUCUUUAUAUCACUCAGAAUAUUGGCAAUAACAUGGACAUAAAAGGUAUAUAUUAUGAGAUCUUAGCAAUGAGGAAUAAGGGUCUGGAAACUAGAGUCAAAUUUAUUAUGUAACUGCAAAAAAGUUAGCAAGAUUUCAUGCAUGGGCUGGUUGUGUAUUUCAUUUGGCAGAGUGCUUGCUUACUGUGCACAGAGCCCAGAAGACUUUCAUCCCCAGAACUAUGUAAACCAAGCACAAUGAUGCUUGCUUGUAAUCUCAGAACUGGGGAAGGAUCAGCCUCAGAAGUUCAAGGUUACCCUUGCCUUCACAGUGAGUCUAAGGUUAGCUUCAACUUUAUGAGACCCUAUAUCAUUAAAAGGAGUUAUGUUUGUAUCCCAGGACUUUAUGGAUGUGGAAUGUUAGAGUAUUCCAGCUGCCGUGUGAUCAUUUUAACAGCAAAUAACGAGAUCCAAGAGGGAAAGAGCUUAAUGUGCCGUUUAUAAUUGAAAAAAGAAACCAAAGUGGAAAGAGUUAAAAAUAGUUACAGAAUGGUCAGGCAAAGAAUACAAAGCCAUGUGUAGUUAAGGGAUUGAGAUUAGCAUAGACAGAGGGGUCCAUAGACAAUGGGAGAAAAGUCCUAGAAGAAUUUCAGAGCUCUUCAAGGUUCCUUUUCCAGGUCCAGAUCUCUAAAAGAACAGAAUGCUUUGGGGGAGAUGGACACAGGAUAGUCUCUAAGUGCUCCCUGACAUAGUCUCUAGCAAAUAUUCUAGAAUAGCACUGCUCAUAUGCUUCUUUCACGGCUCAAGUAAGCCUAGGUUAGCCUGCUUCAGAGAAGGUGCAAUGUGAAAGGAAGAAUUUUCCCUGUCCAGUCCAAUCCCACUUGACCAGUUUCUCCUGUCCACAGGGUCCCUGCAGCCACUUAUAAGAUAACCACUCAGAGAGAGUUCUAGCCUUGGAGCGCUGAAGGCACAGGGCCCCAACCUGAGAGAUCCAAAGCCUCAGAUGAACCCCUGAAGGGAUACAGUGGGUCAAAGCAAGGCUUGGAUGGUCAUCAUUCACCCUAGCACUCCUAGAACAUGGGGUGUGGGCUGAUGUCAUCAGCAGUAUCAUGGGAGUGAGGAGUAGCCAGAAGUAGGUUAUUAAUUGAGGACAGAGUUUGAAUUCUCUGUUAGUUAAUGUUUCUUAUCACCGUGGCAAAAUACCAGACAAAAGAACUUAGGAAAGUUUUAUUUCUUUUCACAAUUUGAAAGGCAAAUGCCAAAGGAGGUGAUGAUGACAAGGGCUGCUCUAGCUGUAACAACAGGCUGCUCACACUCUGCAGUCAGGAGGCAGAGAGAGAUGAAUGCUCAUGCUCCACUCAUGUUUUCCUUUUCGCUCAGCACAGGGCCUCAGAUCGUGGGAUGUUGAGUCCUAUAUUCGCGAUUCAUCUUCCAAGUUAAGCUUCUAUGGAAACUCACGGAGACGCUCAGUUAUAUCUCACUUCCAGUGUGGUCUCAGAUGAUUCAUUAUGUGCAUCCACCCUCUGUUUUCUUUCGCAGAUUUUCCUUUGCUCUCACUCUGCUAUGACAUGGUGUGAAGACCCUCAGCAGGUGCCAGUUCUCCGGCACUGGGCCAGCUUCUAUGACCAGGAGGCAAAUAAACUUUUAUUCUUUAUAACUCACGCUGCCAGCGGUAUUAUUUUAUACUGUCAGGCAAUGGACUGAUGUAGCUGGUUAGCUGUGAGGGAAUCUGGUUGUCUUUUCUAUGCCAGUUUGUCUUCUAUCACACGGACUCAGUAGUGUUAUCCAGGUCACGGGUUGUCCUGAUGUGGAAGGAACAGAUGCACAUGAAGCAAACUGAACAGCAAGCCGCAGUUGAUAGACAGUAACCAUAAUAUAUUUAAACUACCGUUGUCUUAAUUUAUGAUGAAUGAACUAACCUUGCUUGGCAUGAGAGGAUUAAAGAUUGUCAUGCAUAUAAAAUAAUUUUAAAAACAUCACUGGUGCAUUAUGUAAACACAGUCCCUUAGUGACCCUGUUCUGUCCCUCCUUCCAACACUAUUUCUUCUGCCUGGCUUUACCUUUCAUUACAUAGCUAGGCCCAUUCUUCCCCCAUUCUACAAUACCUUCCCACCGACCUACCCAUAUUUUCUGCAUCUAUUUCUUGCUCUACUAAUGUGUGAAGCAACAUCUUAGAGUCAGAAGGUGGUGGCUCCUGAUACCAGCUUCCUUCUUUAUGGGUAAGCCUUAGGGAAGUGGAUGGGUGUCAGAGCCCUCAAAUGUGGGUAUGAUUAGCACACCUUCCAGGCAGCCAGCGAAAGCACUUCCACUGGAUCAGCUGAGAUAUUGCACAAGCAAGAGAUUCGUUAAACCCCAGGAAGAAGGGGCUGCUGGUUUGGGGGUACAGACUGAUGUCUCUUCUGUAGUGAGAUGGACUUGAAGGGAAAGGCGUCUGUCAAAGUCUGAAGUCUCCAAGCCACAAGCAACCUGAAAUGGCCUCCCACGGAUUUGAUAAUACAGGACUGGGGACCUCAGCAGGUGGAACCUCACCAGGCAGUCACAAACAAGAGGUGACUGAUGGUUCUGCUAAUCAGCUCUUGGAUGGACCAAGUGAUGCUCAAAGAGGAGUACUGCAAGCCCUUGGGGCCAUCCAGAUCCUGAAUGGAAUGCUGAUUCUGGCUCUGGGUAUUUUUUUGGGUUCUUUACAGUAUCUGUUCCACCUCUUCAGGCAUGUGUUCUUCUUCACCUUCUACACAGGCUAUCCAUUCUGGGGUGCUGCGUUUUUUAUCAGUUCAGGAUCCUUGACUGUUGCAGCAGGGAGAAAACCCACAAGAAUGCUGAUGCAGAACAGUUUUGGGAUGAACAUUGCCAGUGCAACAAUUGCGAUUGUUGGGACUGUCUUUCUCUGUAUACAUUUGGCACUCAAUACCCAGGAGUUCAAGAUUUGCCAGUCUGACUUAUGCCUUUCCCUGGGUUCUUCAUCAAAUGGCCUGGUGUCUCUAAUGCUGAUCCUCACCCUGCUGGAGCUGCCCGUGACCAUUUUCAUCUCAGUCAUGUGGUGUAUAGGAAAUGUUUAUGGUUCAAGAGAGGCAAUUUCUUCACCUCCUAAGUCUGCAGAAUCGGGAAUACUCCCUGGUGGAAGUGAUUCUGAGAACUCAAACACUCAGCCUCAAGUCACCGCAGAGUGAGAACUUCACUUGAGAACUCAGAAGAGCACGAUGAGACGAAAUGCAAUCCUUCUGUCAUGGAAGAAAUCUAGGCACCUGCUCCAAUUCUUUCCUCCAUCCCUGUAAAUCCAAUAGCAUGUUCUAGAUCUGGAUGAAUAAAUAUAUUUCCUUUGA